AUGUCUACGUUAUCUCAACCCCAGACACCAGCAUCUAUGGACAGUUCCUUGAGAGAGCACAGACAUAGGCCAGUGGAAAGGCUGACGGAUCGCCUCGAAACCCCGUCUCUCGAUGAUAGGUCGUACAGGGUUGUCAAGCUUCCCAAUCAGCUAGAGGUGCUUCUUGUGCACGAUGCAGAGACCGACAAGGCUAGUGCGGCCAUGGAUGUCAAUGUUGGCAACUUCAGUGAUGAAGCGGACAUGCCUGGCAUGGCUCAUGCCGUAGAGCAUCUGCUGUUUAUGGGCACAAAGAAAUACCCAAUUGAGAACGCAUACUCGCAAUAUCUUGCCUCACAUUCUGGGAGCUCCAAUGCCUAUACGGGCGCCACUUCUACGAACUAUUAUUUCGAGGUUGCCGCAAAAGGAGCUGAAGAUGCUGAAACCUCGCCCCUCUAUGGCGCGCUAGAUCGAUUCGCUCAAUUCUUCAUUGAUCCCCUAUUCCUUUCUUCUACCCUUGACCGAGAACUCCGAGCUGUGGAUUCUGAGAACAAGAAGAAUCUGCAAAACGAUCAAUGGCGGCUACAUCAGUUGGACAAAUCCUUGUCAAACCCGAAACACCCAUACUGUCAUUUUUCCACUGGGAACUUUGAGGUAUUGAAAACAGAGCCCGAGGCACGUGGUAUUGACGUUCGAAAGAAGUUCAUGGAAUUUCACGAGAAGCACUAUUCUGCAAAUCGAAUGAAAUUGGUCAUCUUAGGUAGAGAGCCUUUAGAUACAUUAGAAGCAUGGGCGGCCGAUCUAUUCGCCGAGGUGCGGAAUAAGGACCUGCCACAGAAUCGAUGGGAGGACGAGGUGCCAUUCGGGCCUGAUGAUCUCUUGACUCAAUGUUUUGCCAAACCGGUUAUGGACUCACGGCAACUGGACCUUUCGUUUCCCUUUCUAAACGAGGAAAUGCUGUUUGAAACCCAGCCAAGUCGAUACAUUAGCCACUUGAUUGGGCAUGAAGGCCCUGGAUCUAUAAUGUCCUAUAUCAAAUCGAAAGGUUGGGCAAAUGGGUUGAGUGCAGGUGCAUACCCCAUGUGUCCUGGAACUCCUUCAGUCUUCAACUGCCAGAUUCGCUUGACUGAAGAUGGUCUAAAGAACUACAAGGAGGUCGUAAAGGUUUUCUUCCAAUACGUUUCAUUGCUCAGGGAGACUCCUCCUCAGAAGUGGAUCUUCGAAGAGCAGAAGGGGCUGGCAGAUGUGGAUUUUAAAUUCAAGCAGAAGACCCCGGCAAGUCGAUUCACCAGCAAGAUAAGUUCUGUGAUGCAAACCCCUCUACCGCGAGAAUGGCUUCUCAGCGGGCAUAGCAGGCUAAGAAAAUUCGAUCCUGCCCAAAUCGAAGAAGGGCUGGCUUGUCUUAGACCGGAUAAUUUCAGGAUGACAGUUGUUUCUCAAAAGUUCCCAGGUGUCUGGAAACAAAAAGAGAAAUGGUAUGGCACCGAGUACACAUAUGAGAAGAUUCCUGCAGACUUCCUUGAUGAAAUCAAACGUGCUAGCUCGACUACUUCCAAGGACCGCUUGCCGGAGUUGCAUCUGCCUCAUAGGAAUCAGUUUAUACCAACGAAGCUUGAGGUUGAGAAAAGAGACGUCAAAGAGCCGGCGGUUGAACCUAAAUUGAUUCGAAACGAUGACCUUGCCAGAGUAUGGUUCAAGAAGGACGACACAUUUUGGGUGCCUAAAGCCAACCUGUUCAUCACUUGCAGGAAUACGCUUCCUGGAGCCACCGCGGAGAACUCACUGAAAGCAAGGCUUUACACUGAUAUGGUACGGGAUGCUUUGGAAGAAUACUCCUAUGAUGCCGAACUUGCCGGGUUGGACUAUUCGGUGGCCAGUCAUUCAAUGGGCCUUGAAAUUACGGUAUCAGGCUACAACGAUAAACUCCCAGUUUUGUUAGAGAAGGUCUUGAUUACCAUGAGGGAUCUGGAGGUCAAGCCGGACCGCUUUGAGAUCAUCAAGGAGAGACUGCUAAGAGGCCUCAAAAAUUGGGAUUUUCAACAACCAUACAGCCAAGUUGGCGAUUUCACGAGAUGGCUCACCAGCGAGAAGGGUUAUAUCAAUGAACAAAUCCUGGCAGAACUGCCCCACCUCACAGCGGCUGACAUACAACAAUUCUACCCACAUCUGCUUCGACAGAUGCAUAUCGAGACUCUUGUGCAUGGGAACUUGUACAAAGAGGACGCCUUGAGACUUGGCGAUCUAGUUGAGAGCAGCUUGAAGCCCAGAAUAUUACCUCAAACUCAGUGGCCUAUCGCCAGGUCAUUGGUGUUCCCUGUCGGGGGCAAUUUUGUCUACCACAAGACCUUGAAAGAUCCAGCAAACGUCAACCACUGCAUUGAAUACUUGUUAUAUGUCGGUGACAAGUCUAUACGUCCACUGCGCGCAAAAACGCUUCUUCUUGAUCAGAUGACGCACGAGCCUGCCUUCGACCAGUUACGGACAAAGGAACAGCUUGGAUAUGUUGUCUUUAGUGGAGCUCGCUUCACCAUUACUUCUAUUGGCUAUAGAUUCAUUAUCCAGAGCGAAAAACCUCCCGAGUAUCUUGAGGGACGGAUUGAUUCUUUCCUUUCCGGUUUUGCGAAAACCUUGUCGGAAAUGUCCGAAGCUGAAUUUGAAGGCCACAAAAGGAGUCUGAUCACGAAAAGAUUAGAGAAGCUCAAGAACUUGGAUCAAGAAUCAAACCGACUCUGGUCGCACAUUGAUGGAGAGUACUUUGACUUUGAACUAGUUUACCACGAUGCCGCACACAUCAAGGCACUUACCAAAGCCGACAUGAUUGAAUUCUAUAACUACUAUAUUUUGCCAACCUCAGCUGCUCGGUCAAAGUUGGCGAUUCACCUCAAUGCCCAAGCCACAGCCAAGACGGAGGGAGCAAGCGGUGUCACCGCGGUAGAGAAGGGAAUCAAGACGCUGGGUUUGAAUAAAGAUUCAAAGGACGAGGAAGAUGGCGAGGUUGUGCCAGUCAAGGAAGAGGGUAACGGGACUACGCCAUACAUCAUUACGGACGUGCGGGAGUUCAAGUCGAAACUGCAGGUCAGCGCCGGUCCACAACCCGUGAAACAUAUCAGCGAGUUUGAGGAAUUGGACUCAAAGUUAUGA